UUUAUAUUUUAUUGUUAAUUGUCGGAUUGGUGAGAACAUGGGUUGUUGAAUGAACAAGAAGGAAUAGCAAGGUCGAAAGGAGGGAUUUUCUAUUGGAAUAUUCAAAUUGGAAACGAGUUUUCGGUCGGUAGUGUAGAUGUUCACCGAUACCAAUCCAAUCCAACCUAUUGUACUUUUUGACAGCUGCAACAGCAGCAGUGCGAUGGGGGAACAGUAUUUUUGUAUGUUGGAAUUCAUAUUUGCAAAGUGUUGUUAAUUGGUGGUCCGAGUGCAGGGUGUGAUGAUGCAUUUCGUGUUGGAUUUAAAGACGAAAGACGAGUAAUAUGUCCAGCGACAGUGAUUCUGAGCAGUUUUACGAUGCUGAAGAUAUCACACCCAUUCAUGGAUCAAGGAAACCGAGAGGGUCUUCCAAGGAUGGCCUGGUAACAAACCACAGGGCCAACUCAGAACCAAAUGUUUCAUCAAUCCUCAAAGAUGUGAAAGUGAAAGAGAUAUCUGCUCCCCCAACGCAAAUCAUAGACAUCAACAUCGAUGAUGUUUUUGUGGCUCCAAAACCUUCACAAGGAGGGCGCAAAAAGUUCAAGGAGCUUCGACAGAAGCUACAGAACGACGACGAGGAUGCACAAAUUAGUAACCUAACUCCGCCAAAUAGUCAGACGUCUUCAAUCGAAGGGGUGUACGCUUCCAGUAAAACUUCUCAUCCAUUCAGGGUUAUCGAAGUAGAUACGUCGAGUUUGCAGAGCUUCAACUCUGGUCGAAGAUUAAUUAGUCAAGCAGAUUUGGGAUCGCAUUUGUUCGAGUGUAAAAAGGCGAUCUCCUCGUCUGCUCUAUCGAUAAGUUCUCACAGUUCAUCAACCCAGAGUUCCAAGGAUACAACCCAAUAUCCAAGUACAGUGACGUUGGCAACGAUAUCGACGGAUGCCCCAGCACAUACGAAUCAAGUUUGUCUUCCUUUACAAGAACCAGACGUGAUCGCUAGCACAAAACCUUGUUUACAAAAGAAUAACCUCGAUAUUAAAUCCUCUCCAAAGAUAGAAGUUCCAGUCGCUCCGCCUAGGAGAAAAAAGAAAAACAAAUCAAAUGCAUCUUCUUUGCCAAUAACGCCAUCAACUUCAACAAUCGGAUUUCCAUCGUCGGGAUGUAUUGAGAGCCUAACUAGUCCAGCAUCAACUAUCGAAACAUUGACUAGAGAGCUGGAGCAUUCGUUAGUUAGUCUUCCUUCGAAGAUUCAUCGUCUAGAGAAAACCAAUAGUUCAGAAUCUUCCAAAUGCAGCACAAUACGUUCAGUUCAUUCUCUGGAUAUUACUCAAGUAGCGAAGGGCCUCUUUGUAGUGAGGCCAUUAGAUUCCGAUAAAGCGAAGGCUGCAAACACAUCAAAGGAAACACUGCCGGAGGAGAAGAAAGCAGAGUGUGCACAGGAUGACAACUCGACUAGUCAAAGAGGUUCCACGAAUCGUAGUAGCGUUGGUCACUAUAGUUUGGGCCCGCACAGAAGCGCUCAAAUGAAGACAUGUACCAAAGAACGAAGGAAGUCUGCAGGCGAUGAAAACAUGUUGGCCUACGCUUCAUUAAUAGAAACUGGAAAGCAGCUAACUGAUCUGGAAAUAUUGCAGCAGGUUACAGUUUUGAAUCUAGAUACUGGCGAAAGAAUUCCAUUAAGCGUGGCCGAAGAUAAAUUACCUCAAUGUUUGAACCCGUUAUCGUUGCAUAUCAUGAGACUAACGUCGGAAUAUGUCAGUAGUUCAAAUAUGGAGAAGGAUAAAGAGUCAGAUGAUGAAAGUAUUAUAAGCAGCAAGAAGUCGGAAAUCCAUCCUCUGGGUGAAGACAAUGAGGUGGAGAUUGGCCUGAUGAGGCGUAAAACUGCUAGAAUAAAGAAAUUCUUCGGCACCACGGUGAGAAGAACCAUGGAUAAAGCGAAGAGUAUAGCUCAAGAAGUUUCGCAUGCUAGGCACAAAGAGGAUAUCGUUGAUGUCGUCGACGAAGUUCAUCCCGGUGAUCAUAACAUCAAAUUGAAGGCAGCGAACUCGCAUAAAGGUCCAUACGAUUUCGAGAAGGUACACCACGUACAGGAGCUCAACAGUGAACACGAAGGAGCGAUUUGGUGCAUGAAAUUUUCAUCUUGCGGCCGUUUAUUGGCCACCGCCGGUCAAGACAAAGUUCUUCGGAUUUGGGUUAUCAUCGAUGCCUACCAGUUCUUCCACGAUAUGCGUACAAAAUAUAAUGCUGAUAAAGUCUCUCCAACACCUUCGCAGGAAUCGUUGGUUUCCCACAACUCUUCGGAAAAUCCUUUCUUGAAUUUUGAUCCUCGGAGCGAAGAAGCCAGCAAGUACGUCUUCAUGCCGAAACCUUUUUGUACAUACUCCGGUCACACAUCCGACUUAUUAGACGUCAGUUGGUCUAAGAAUUACUUCAUUUUAUCUUCGUCGAUGGAUAAAACCGUACGCCUCUGGCAUAUUUCCAGAAAGGAGUGUCUUUGUUGCUUCCAACACAUUGACUUUGUCACAGCUAUUGUCUUUCAUCCUAGAGACGAUCGGUACUUCCUAAGUGGAUCUCUUGACGGUAAAAUCAGGCUGUGGAAUAUUCCAGAUAAAAAGGUUGCUGUUUGGAAUGAAAUUGAUGUAACAACAAAGCUCCAGAAUAAGUUGAUAACAGCUGCCAACUUCUGUCAAAAUGGAAAGUUCGCUGUUAUUGGAACGUACGAUGGCAGAUGCAUUUUUUACACUACUGAGCAGUUGAAGUAUCAUACACAGAUUCAUGUGAGAUCGUCGCGCGGUAGAAACGCAAUUGGCCGAAAGAUCAGUGGUAUCGAGCCGAUGCCGGACGAAGACAAGAUCCUGAUUACCUCAAACGACAGCAGAAUAAGGUUGUACGAUCUGAGGGAUCUUAGCCUUACGUGCAAGUAUAAAGGAUACGUGAAUAUCAGCAGCCAAAUAAAGGCGAGCUUCAGCCACGACGGCAAAUACAUCAUCAGUGGAUCGGAAAAUCGUGAUAUAUACAUCUGGAAGACGAACCACGACUAUUCGAAAUUUUCGUCUGUCCGCAGAGACAGGAACGUCUUCUGGGAAGCCAUCAAAGCCCACAACGUUACGGUGACUUGUGCCAUAUUCGCUCCAAAUCCAGAUAAUAUCAUUAAAAUGAUCGAAGAUCGAAAUGUAACCGAGGAGCAGGAAGAAGAGGAGGAGGAUCCAAUGGUCGAACAGCGUGUCAAAGGUUGCGGCGGAUACGUAUUGAUUUCGGCGGAUUUUAAUGGUUGCAUUAAGAUCUUCAUGAACAAAAUGAAACCCAAGCACAGUUCGUUGCCAGCAUCGGCGUUGGUUUAAUUAUACCUUGCCCUUUAGGUUAGUAGAAUAUUAAUGUGGUAUAUAUAUUUAUAUAAUAAAUUAUUUAAAAAAAUGAUUCAGAGUGGAUUGGAAGUAAUUCAAGAAAUUGUUAUGUAAUAUAUUUUAUCAAGUGAUCUAAAUCAAGAGUUUAAUCGAUUAAUCAAUUUCGGAAGUAUACAGCAAACAAACUGUUAAUAU